AGAGAACGUUGGCCUCGACGAAUGUACCGCUCCCUGCCUGUAGCCAGACAGGCUGCAUUUCCCGCAAAUGCCAGUAGGGGACUUGUCAGAGUCACCCGCAGACGUUUCGCGACGGAGACGGCACCGACCACACCACCGAAGAAGAAGAAACGUGUACUCCGUCGAGUAGUUCUCUAUACCACCGGUGCUGUAACCACCUUCUACGUCGGCAGCGCCUUCGUCGCCUUCCAGAGCUCGCAGUACUACAACUUCUUCAACCAUGACGUUCCUCUCGGUGCAGCCGUUCUUCAAUACGCGGAGGACCACGAAUGGGACGAGUUGACUGUCGGAGAUGUGUUUACCAACGGCGUAGAGGGGUCAAUUUCGGCAUAUGAGUGGGCGCGGAAACAUCUUGGAUAUGCUACGGAAGAGGCUAAGGAGAAAACGAAGGAGGCAAAGGCUGCUCUCUCCGACAAGGCGCAUUCCGUGUCAUCAUCGGCACAGCGAACUGGAAGUGAUGUUCAGGGCAAGGUGCAGGGCGUUAUGGAGCAACUGAAGACAAAAGUCCACCAGGCUGAGGGAAAGUUGUCGAAGGAGGCUAACAAGGCUGCUGCCAUCGCGAAGCACCAAUCCGUUCAGUUCUCUGAAGGCGUAGAACAUUUAAUAUGGAAGGCGGAGGACGCGCUCUCUGAUAAACCUAUCGACAGCCUACCGGAAGCUACCACAUCGCCCGGUCAAUCUCCCGAAGCUGCACAACCGCGUACGAACGACGAAGAGGUUGACGUUACUGCUAGUCUCAAACGGGCGUCCGGUGUAUACGAUGGUCCUAUUCCUGUUGGUUUCGAGCCUCCACCCGGUUAUUCUCGUCCAAAACCUUCGGCGGCGGACAAGGUGAAGGGUAUCGCUGCCGAAAAACUCGCCGCUCUGAAGAUGGAAGCCCUUCCUCUGAUCGCCCCCACGGUAAAGGAACUCAACGCCAACGAACCUGUCCUUGCCCAUCUCGCUUCCACUAUCGACAACCUCGCUUCCUUCCUCCGUUCAAAUCCCUCCGCUGCCGACAAAGCUCGUGACGUCCUCGACACCGCCAAGGGUGACCUUACUGAAUUGGCUCACCAUUUCGACCGGGUCAGGGAAGAGGAACAGCGUAAGCUUGAGGCACAGAUGGACGAACAGGCGAGGGAGUACACUUUGAAGAUGUUGGAGCUAGAGAUUGCGGCACAAGACAAGAUGGAGAAUCAGGAGGUUGGGUUCAGGCAAUAUCUCGACGAGGAGAAGGCGAAGAUGGCCCAUCUUUUCCGGGACAAGCUAGACUCUGAGCUCGCCGUUCAACGUGAAAUCAUCAAUGAACGGCUGAAGGAGGAAGUCAUCAACCAGGGCAUUGAGCUCCAACGUCGUUGGAUUCGCGAGGUCAAACUGCGCGUAGAGCAAGAACGCGGUGGCCGCCUCGCCAAGCUCGACGAACUCGCAGCGAACCUCAAGCGUCUCGAGCGUGUCGCCCUCGACAACUCUAGCUACCUCGACGAGAACCUCCGCAUCCAUUCUCUCUGGUCCGCUAUCCGAGCUCUUCAUUCUGCCAUCGACGCCCCCAUCCGUAAACCCUUCCGCGACGAACUCCGCGUCCUGCGCCACAUUGCUGCCGCAAAGGACGAUGCCAUUGUCGCCAGUGCUCUCGAAACCCUCGAAACAUCCGACGCUCCCGACGUCGGCGUUGAGCCUUUCGCAGAUCUCGCUUCAUGGUUCUCGACGUCGGUGGCACCCAAGGUCUCAAGUGUGGCGCUCGUGCCGGAUCAGAACGCGGGCUUGCUCUCGCAUCUAGCCAGCCAUCUUUUCUCUACUUUCACUUUCAGGAGACAGGGCCUUGUCCAAGGGAACGACGUGUUGAGCACGAUCUCGAGGGCAGAAUACUAUUUGAACGAGAAGGAUCUGGACAGCGCAGCGAGGGAGCUUAACCAGCUAGGUGGGACGGCGAAGACACUGUUGAAGGAUUGGUUAGAGGCAGCCAGGAGACGACUGGAGGUGCAGCAGGCUUUGGAGGUUGUGCAGUCCCAAGCUACUGUCGCAUCGUUGCUCGUUCUAUAGCCAGACAUUCUUUAAUAUCCUUUUCAAAAAUAUAUAGAUUGCACCACAGUUCGCAGACCGCAAUAAAUU